ACUCCUUGGACGUCUCUCUCUAACCAUUGUCUAUUCCUGUGUCCAUUUCAUAGUGGCUUUUGAGUUUGAAGUUUCAUCUUCUUCUUGACAAGAGCAACAUUUCCAUUUGUUUGGAGGAUUUUAUAUUUGUCUGCUGAAAUCUGAAUGCGCGAAUGGCAACGGCAACCUCUGAAUCCAAAGACGCAUCAGAUCACGUUGUUGAGCUCAUCGUGCGCGAUGCAUCAGCACUUUCUUCUGAUGCUGAAGCCGAUUCCGAGGACAAAGACCAAAUUGCCCCUCUUCUCUCUCAGGAAAGACCCAAGAUCAACAUCUUCACUGCUUCUUACCCUCGCACAAAACCCAGAGAUGAGGUGACAAGACUACUUGAGUCUGAGACAUCUCCUUUCACAAAUUUUAUAUUGUGGGUGUGGAAUGGGUCCAGAUACUCUGGUUUACUUUGUAUGGCUUUCUCAUCUACCAUCUACUUUCUCAUGGGGGUUCUUACAAAUGUAUUUUCUGUUCAGGCAAUUCCUUUGUUUGAGACUGCUUUUACAAGAUGUGCAAUUACCUUGAUACUGUCAUAUUUGUGGUUGAGAUGGAGUGAACAACCAGUAUUUGGAACAUCCCAAGUUAGAAUCAUUUUACUUUUAAGGGCCCUUACAGGAUGUAUAUCAAUGUCAAGUUUUAUAUAUUGCUCUCAAAGGCUGCCUUUCUCUCAGGCCAUUGUAUUGAACUCAACAGUUCCUAUUAUGGCUUCAAUUAUGGCCAGGGUGUUUUUGCAUGAUAAAUUAAAAGUUGCUGAUAUUGCAAGUCUUGCCUGCUGUUUCUUUGGUGUGCUGUUCUUCUUCCGAGAAGCGCUUGCUACAGAAGGAUACUUUGUCAAAGCUAAGGAAGCAAGCAAUGCACAAGCUAAGACAGGUCAUCAUAUAUUUGCAAUUCUAUUGGGUCUCUUUUCAUCAAUAAUGGGUGGAACUAGUUACUGUCUUAUUAGGGCUGGAGCUAAGGCAUCCGAUCAGCCUAUGUAAGAUUAUAUUUUUUGUGCUUUUGGAUUUUCUUAUUGACCAAAUCUUGCAUUUUAGUUCCUUGAUCGUUUAGUCCUUAGGUUUCUUCAGUUCUGUUUAUUUUGUCUGGGUUGUACUUGAUUAUUAGAUUAUUAGAAUACAACAUCCUUCUCGUGUUGUAACUUUGACUGAUUUUAAAUAUUUUGUUCCAUCUACUGUUACGUUUUUGCAUUGUAUGCUGGUUAUGUUUGAUGAAAAGUAGGUCCAAAUUAAUUUCUCUUAGAAAGUUUAUCAUGAAAUGAAAAUUCUAUUUGUGUAUGCUCUUUUCAUAGUGCGAAUACACAUGAUUAUAGUUGUCAAACUCGCGAGUUAAGUUAAUGGAGACAAGAUUACAGUUGAAAAUAGUGAAAACUAUAUGAGAUUAAUCUACCUUGUGUUGAAUAGACACAUAGGGUCCUUUAUUUAUAAUAGAAGAAAUAUGGGCUAAGCCCAAAAUACAAAUAAGAAAUAAUA